GGGAACUGAAUCCAGCUGAUGCAGUCUGUGUUGCAUCUGCCAGAGCUCCUGGUCCUGCUCCGACUGUCCUUGUCUGACGGGAAGAUGAAGGUCUCUUCAGUUGUUCUUGCUCUUCUCCUCGUUGCAGCCUCUUGCUCCCAAACCUCCUCUGCCCCAGUUGGACCUGACCACCCAACCUGCUGCUUCUCUUACACAUCCCACAAGCUCCCAAAGAAGCUCAUCCUGCGUUACUACGUCACCAGCACCAGCUGCUCCCUGCCAGCCCUCGUGUUCAUCACAAAGAAAGGGCGCGAAGUCUGUGCCAAUCCCAGUGACACCUGGGUGCAAAGAUACCUGCAGAACAUGAAGCAGAACUGAGCAAAGCCAAAUGGGAAGCGCAGCUGCUGUCAUGAGUCAUGUCAUCCUGAGCCCCUGCGACAGAGCAGGGCUUUGGGAUGGCAGGAGCUGCACGAUACCACAUCGUCUGCAUGCAGCUCCCAGGGACUGCGGGAACGGCACCAUGAGACACCCCGUGUUGGGGUGUUCCUGCUUGCACUCAGCUUGCACAGACCAGUCUGAAACCUCAUCAGUCAGCCUGACACCUCUGCCUGUGGCCCAGAAAGGCCCAUGGGACUGCACCUCUAUUGUUCUUAUAUUAUUUUAAUUUAUUUAGAAAUGAUCAUAUGAGAUAGGUAGUAUUUUCAUCUGUGGAU